CGUAGUCGUCAGUCAGCCAGUCAGUAAAGACACGGCGGUGGUGAGUAAGUGGUGUGUUGUGUGGACAAAAAAAAAAAGUAAAAAGAACUAAAAAGAGAAAAGACUCGACUCGAGAGGUAAUAUAAUGGUAGGAUCUUUUGGGGGCACGAUUCAUUCGGCGAGUCUCCUCCGCUUUUUCUUACUUUUUUUAUUUUUCGUUGUGGCUAGAGCAUGCACCGCGAAGUUAACUUUGUAUCGUCGCACGCUGCAACGCGCCAACGCCAACUCGACAACGACACCAUCGCCAGACGUCUUAAUUAACGCGCAAGACGACGCGCAAGAAUAAGAAGAGUAGCUAGCGGUGUAUACACGAGGUAGACUGGAUCGAAGAACGAGAGAAGAGUCGAGGAAGCGAGAAUGAGUUACCGAGGCGGAGGUGGUGGUGGCAGGCGAGGCCGAGACGACGAGGACGAGUACGAGGACGACUACGACAGGCGCGAUCGUAGCCGCGACCGUGGCCGGGAUCGCAGCGGUGGACGCGAUGGCAGCGGCGAUCGGGGCUACAACGAUCGUCGCGACCGUAGCGGUGAUCGGGGCGAUCGCGAUCGUGGCCGCGACAGGAGCGGUGGACGUGGUGGCGGCAGCGGCCAAGGGGGCGGAGGCCUGCAGCGACUCGACAGCAUGCAGGACCCCGGGAAAAAGUUCAGCCUCAAGGAGUGCAUAGGCCAGGGCGUGUGCGGCGACGUCUGGGAGGCCUACGACGAGGAGGCCAGUCGCAAGGUCGCCGUCAAGAUACAGAAGCUCACGCCCGAGACGCAGCCACUGAUCGUCGAGGAGUACCGAGUGCUGCGCGACUUCUCCAAUCACCCGAACCUGCCGGACUUUUACGGCGUCUAUCGGCGACGCUCCGGCAAGAAGACCGAGUACGAUCAGAUAUGGUUCGUCAUGGAGCUGUGCGAGGGCGGCCCUGUCAUUGAUCUCGUCAGAGGCUUAAAAAUCAGCGACAAAAGAAUGAGGGAAGAGCACACUGCUUACAUAUUGAGAGAAACCAUUAAGGCGGUCAUGCAUCUGCACGAGAACAACGUGCUUCACCGCGACAUACGCGCCAGCAACAUCAUGCUGACGAAGGAGGGCGAGGUGAAGCUCGUGGAUUUCGGCUUGGCGCGAGCCAUCAAGGGCGAGCUCGGCAAACGCUUCACUUGCAUCGGCUCGCCCAACUGGAUGGCGCCCGAGACGGUGAUGAGCAAGAGCGAGCAGAGCGCCGGUUACGGGAGUCGCGCCGACGUUUGGGCCAUCGGGAUCACCGCCAUCGAGCUGGCCGACGGCGAUCCGCCCUUUCAGGAUAUGCACCCCACCAGGGCUCUGUUUCAGAUCGUGAGGAAUCCACCGCCCACGGUUUACAGGCCUGCCAACUGGGGACAGCCUUUCAACGAUUUCAUCGCUGAAUGCUUGGAAAAGAAUCCGGAUAAUCGACCAUUCAUGGCGGAGAUAGUCGAACAUCCAUUUCUGUCGGAAGGAUUACCGGAAAAUGACUUUCCACUUACGCAAGAGAUCAAGAGUUUGGUAAUGAACUUCAGUGCCAAGGGGAAAAAACACCGAAAACCCGAGUCGAUUGUACGCAAGGGAUACCUAAAAACUCAUCAGACUCAGAUUCCUGAGCGUAUGUAUCAGGAAGAUCUGGCAGGGCUGGAACAAUUGACCGAGGAUCGAGUUCUGGAUGAAUUGCAAGAGAGGCAGCGUCUUGGGCAUUUUCAUACCUUCGUCGGCGACGUAUUGCUCAUCAUGAAUCCGAACGAGGAGCAAGAUAUUUACGGACUACAAUACCACUGCAAGUAUCAAAAUAAAUCUCGCUCGGACAAUUCGCCCCACAUCUACUCGGUCGCCGAUAGCGCGUACCAAGACGUGCUGCAUCACGAGGAGCCUCAGCACAUCCUGUUCGCAGGCGAGAGCAAUUCCGGCAAGACCACCAACAUGAUGCAUCUCGUUCAGCACUUGAUGUACCUGGGCAAGAGCAUGAAGGACAUCGGAGCCAGACUCAUCAAGGCCAUCAAGCUGCUGCAGGCCUUCACCAACGCCGCGACACCCUUGAAUACCAAUUCCACCAGGUGCGUCUUCCAGAUCCAGACCACUUACGGAUCGACGGGCAAAGCCUCGGGCGGCAUAUUCUGGGUCUAUCAGCUGGAGAAGUUCCGCGUCUCGACCAGAGACAGGAACCAGUCCAACUUCCACAUGUUCUACUACUUUUACGACGGUCUCGAGGCGUCGGGCAAUCUGCGCCAGUAUCUGCUGCCCCAGGGUCGUCGCAUGCGCUACCUGCGAGUCUUCGACUCGGACUCGAUGGGCGGCCGCAAGCGCUCCUUCAAGGUCCGCAACGAUCCGCACGGCAACGCCAAGAAGUUCGAGUUCAUCAAGGACUGCAUCCGCGCCCUCGAGCUCGAGGAGCACUUCGAGACCAUCUGGCGGGUGUUGGCUGCCAUACUCAAUCUCGGAGACGUGCGAUUCAUCGAGGGCAACGGCGGAGAGGCCGAGGUUCACAACAUCGAGACGGCCAAGAGCGUCGCCGAACUCUUGAAUCUCGAUAUCAAAAAGUUUACCUGGUCUCUGUGCAAUUACUGCGUGAUUAAAAAGGGUCAGGCGGUCAGGCGCCGUCACACUUGCGAAGAGGCCAAAGAGACCAGAGAUGCUCUAGCCAAUACCAUUUACCAGAGACUCGUCGACUGGAUCGUUAACAACAUAAACGAGAAGCUCAGCGUGUCUCGAACACUAUUUGGAGACAAAUUCUUGAUUAGUAUUCUGGACUUGUUCGGUUUCGAAUGUUUCUCAAAGAAUCGUCUCGAGCAACUUGCAGUCAAUACCAUGAACGAGCAGCUCCAGUGCCACUACAAUCAGCGAAUCUUUGUUUGGGAAAUGCAAGAACAAGAGGAGGAGGAGAUCCCAAUCGAGCGAUUCCACUACUACGACAACAAAGCGGCGAUCGACCAGUUGAUGGGCAAGGAGGACGGUCUGUUCUACAUCUUGGACGAGGCAUCUCGUCAACUCCAGCAGACCAAUUACAUCUUCGAGCGGAUAAAUAAUCGAAGAGUCGGCCACGGCACCAAUCUCCACGUCAAGGUAGCCGGUGAAAAAGAGUUCAGCGUGGCCCAUUACACCGGCAAACUGACCUACGACGCCAACGACAUCGUCGAGAAGAAUCGAGACUUCGUCUCGCCGGAAAUGAUCGAGACUCUGAGGCAGUCGACCGAUCGAUUGGUCAACCAGUUGUUCACCAACAAGCUCACCAAAGGCGGCGCUCUUACCAUCCAUUCGGACGAGAGCCUCAAGGCCAAGGAUAAGCAGCCGAAAAAAACGACCGCCCGCAGCAAGUGGGGCGCGGCACUGCUGCAGUCCGAGCAGACCACCAAUCUGCGCAAAUACAAUACCGCUUCGAGAGGUCAGUACUCGCAAACGCGCAAGAUGAGAACUUACGCCGCUACAUUCCGUGCCUCGAGCCUUGAGAUCUUGAAAAAUCUCUCUGUCGGUGCUAUCAACGGUGGUACACAUUUUGUCAGGUGCAUUAGGUCUGAUUUGGAGGGUCAGCCUAGAGGCUUCUAUCGAGAAGUCGUGAGACAGCAAAUUCGUGCUCUGGGCAUUGUCGACACGGCUAGAGCUAGAAUGAGAGGAUACUCGUCGAGAAUUCCGUUCCAAGAAUUUUUAAGAAGAUACAAGUUCUUGGCCUUUGAUUUCGACGAGAACGUCGAGAUGACCCAGGAUAACUGUCGCCUUCUGCUGGUUAGAUUGAAGAUGGAAGGCUGGGUCAUCGGUAAAACCAAAGUAUUCCUCAGGUACUACAACGAGGAAUAUCUGUCGAGGCUUUACGAGACCCAAGUGAAGAAAAUCGUCAAAGUCCAAUGCAUGAUGAGGGCGUUCUUGGCUCGCAAGACCGUCGCGAUGAAAACCACGAAGAACAAGUUCGCCGCUCGUAACGAGCAGAGGGAAGCUGUGAAGAAAGGACCAAUCAGAGAAGAUACCACGAAGAAGUCCGAGUCCAUAAAGAGGCAAGCUACCUUGCAGAGGCUAGCGAGUCGCGAAAUGUCUCAAGACGAAGCAGCAGUAGUUUUGCAGAAAGCUUACCGCGGCCGACAAGCUCGCAAAGAAGUAGGUCCCCUUCUCAGCAAGGAUCUGAAUCUGGAUCCGGAAACGGAAGACAUGAUGAGGUAUUUUUGCAACAAGUGGCGGUCGAAAAGCAUAUACCAAGUCCUCCUACAUUACCGGGCAGCCCGGUAUCACGACCUCGUCCAGUUUUCUCAGCAAGUCCAUCUAUACAAUCAGGCUGUAGUGGGAGCUUUGCAGAUGAGCAAUGAGCGCGUACCACUGGAACGAAUUGACCACAAUGACGACAAUCCUGAAGCAUUCUUAGGACCCCGAAAACCACCAACAGUUCAUAAAAUACCAUUCGACAUACACAGCGAACUGCCAUUCUAUGACACUACACACAUGACAGAUCCGAAGAGUCGUCCACGUAGAAGACAAGGAUCCGUAACGUCAUCGGCGUCCGACGAAGAUCAGGAGAAUUGGGACGAGCCAUUGAGAAGGCAAACGAUUUGGGGCAAUAUUCGAAGAAACAAGAGAGAUGUACAAUGCCAAACGACCAACUCGCCCCACCGCGUUGUAAACGUCUCCCAUACAGAGGGCCACAGUCUGAUCAACACUCCGUUUUCCAGGGACCCAAAUGUCCCAGUCCGCUGCCAUCCACACGAAGCCCAAGCCCAGUCCAGAGGAAUCUCCGGUUUUCAGGGCCGACCGCCUACAAGCGCUGAGAGCCACAGCUUACCCAGCAGACAGUUCAACGCUCAUACUCCUCGCUCAAAUAACUACGAUAGUAAAGGCUCGCUACGUUCUAGGAAAAAAGUACCACCACCCCCUCCACCAAGUAUGCCAAUGCAAUCGCGUAGUAAUUUCAAUGACAAUCGUGGUAUGAAUGGCUGGGCUUCGAACGACGACAGGAAGAAUAAAAACACGUUCAACAAUGAUCGGGCCAAUCCGAUCCAUGAACUGCAGAUGCUCGGACGAAGGAACAACAACAACGACAACGACGACGAGCCGCCUUUCAAUUUCCAGGCGAUGCUGCGUAAAACGGGUGUCCAGAGAAAUUCCAUGAAGCGUACGUACGACGGCGGUGGCGGCGGCUACGAGUCCAACUUCCGCGAGUCGAACGUCGUCUACCGCAGCGGCAACAACAGACGCUCGCCCUCGCCCGAGUGGAAUCCCAACGAGAUGGUCCGCAUGUCCGAGCAGUACGGCCGCGAGUCGUCGGUCUUCGACGUCAGGCGCGGCGGCGGCAGGAACGACAACAGCAACAUCACCGAGCUGGCGCCCGGCAUAGUCGUUGAGGGCGAAGUCGCCGAUCUUUAAUCGGUUAACUGACCUGACUCUUUUUUACUUUUCGAGGCCAAAAUGCCAACGCUGAAAUUUAAAGUUAAUUCGAAUAAUUUUGAAAAAUUGAAAGUUCUUUCAUUUGAUCAUUUAUGAUAUAAUAUAAGCAGGAUUAAUUCGAAUAAUUCAAUCAUUUACGCGACGAACUUUCAGUUAACCGGUUAAGUCUAUCGCUCGUCUGGCUUUGUAAAAAAUCUAAAUAUCAUCCGACUGUCUAUAAUAUACUGUCAACUGCAUCUAUCACACAAUAUAACGCAUCGCAGACAUUUCUCAUGCAGUUUUCAUAUUCGAUUCGAUGGAUUGUAUAAAAUGUGGAUCUAACAUAUUAUAACUCUAACGAUAUAUUGUUCCUGUUACCUGAUUAUUGUAAUGUAUGUUUUUUUUUCUUAAAACCGUGCACUUUUUCUUCCUCGGAUCAAACAUGCACGCGACGUGAUGCAGCCCGAAUGUAUGAAACAUAGUUGGCAUUUCAAUAGUAUGCUUAUAAAUCCCGAUUAUCCCUCAUUCGCGUUGAAAAUUUGAAGAAAAAAAAUUUUCAAAUGCACUAACGAGUUUUGAUUAGUAUGUAAGAAAUAUGAAUUAUAUUGAUGCGAGUUUUAUGAAAAACGAGUAAAUAAGAGUUUAUUGUUAGAGACUUUGUUUCGUCUAAAAAAAAACAACAUCUCAUAUCGAUAAUGAAAUCGAUAAGUUUUAACUUUACAGGUUUUGUAUUUACUCUUCAAGAGUAAUACCAUUAAAAGCUAAACUAUUAUUCUAACAGCAAAUAUAUAUGAGUACGAUAUUUA